AUGGAUGAUCUGGAGUCGGAACUCGGGAGUAAAGCAUUACCUGAAGGUACAUUGUUGCCACGGUUACCCUCAGAGCCCGGGAUGUCGCUGCUCACGAUAAAGAUUGACAAGAUUGGGCUGAAAGAUGCAGGGCAAUGCAUUGAUCCCUACAUGACAGUUAGUGUGAAAGAUGUGAAUGGCAUUGAUUUGAACCCGGUGCAAGACACACCUGUGGCUACCCGAAAGGAGGACACAUACAUUCACUUCAGCGUAGACAUCGAGAUCCAGAGACAUAUCGAGAGACUACCAAAAGGGGUAGCUAUUUUCUUUGAGUUCAAGCACUAUAAACCCAAGAAGGGGUUUACCAGCACAAAAUGUUUUGCCUUCAUGGAAAUGGAUGAGAUCAAACCUGGUCCCAUUGUGAUCGAGUUGUACAAGAAGCCCACUGACUUCAAGAGGAAGAAGCUCCAGCUCCUGACAAAGAAGCCACUCUAUCUCCACCUCCACCAGACGUUGCACAAAGAUUAAUAACCGAGGUCACUGAAUGGAGCACAUCAAGAAAGCAGAAGCACCACAGAAUUCCACUGUAGUCAUCAGACAUCCAACAAAGUUUGGUGUACCUACUGCGUAUCCGCCUCCACUCACAUCAGCAAUACUAAACCCAGCAGGCCCAAAGGCCACACCCUCAACUCUGUCAUAGGAUGGCCCUGGAUGACACAUAUUAACUACAGCGGUGACAACACCCUACUGUAUAAUGCUGCGUUCGUAACCAGGUGGGAGGUGGGAAUUUACCAGUUGUGAAGUCGUAAAUACCAGUUGGAUGCAUUCACGUGCUUUGAACUUGUUGAGAAAGGCUGAUUUGUCUAAUGGCCAACAAGCUUCCUAAGCCAUAAACUAAAAGCUAUCAUGCUGGUAAACAAAUGAGUGUUAAAAAACCAUAUU